AUGGAGCAUGUAAUGUCUAAGUUCAUCAAGAGGAGGAACCGGCCUUCGUUCGAGCCCAAGGCCGACAAGAAAGAGACCAAGAAGGAGGAGACCAAGAAAGCAGAGGAAUCGUCAGAGGAUGAAGAGGAAACGGAGCAGCAGUGGGAGCAGAGGACGGAUCCUUACGGGCGCCUAUGUUGGCAGCACCGCCAAACCGGGCAGGUUACCUACGGUACCAGCUAUGCCCUCCACCAGCAGGGCUACAACACCGGCCUAGCGGCGAAGGGCUUCGACUCGGACGAUGACGACGAUGACAACAAGAAGCCGGCGGCCGCCGCCGCCGCCGCCGCCGCCCCUGUCCCCGCCCUUGCUCCGGUGGCCGUGGUGCCGCCGCCGCAACCGUACAUGCAGCAGCCCCAGUACGGGAUAUCGCCGGUGCCCCGGCAGUACUACGGCCACUCGCCGGUGCCGUACGGGAUGUCGCCGGUGGCCAUGUACCCGGCAGCGCCCUGGAACGCUAUGCCGGCGUCGCCCGUGCCGGUCCAGGUGCCGGAGUACAUCAAGCGGCAGCACGCCGAGGCCCUCAAGGCGAAGAAGAAGAAGGAGGAGGAGGAGAAGAAGAAGAAGGCGGCGGAAAAGAAGAAGAUCGCCGCGGGGGUGUGGGAGAAGUUGUACACCAGGGACGGCGGGAAGUUCUGGCAGCACUCGGUCACCGGAGAGACCUCCAAGACCGACCCCUACUACUGACGCCGCCGUCGGCGCUGAAGCGGUCCCGCGAAUGCGGGGGGGGGGGGACUGGCUCCCUUGCUGAUAAAUUGCGGCGGCGGCGGCGGCGACCGAAGGGAGACCGCAAAGACACGGCGUUGCUGGCGAAGAGGUGCGUUGGCGUAAGCCGCGCACCCUUGUGAGAUGGUUUUGGGCGGGCUCGAGUGGUCAUUGUUGAUUGUGGCAGCACAGUACCGGGGGGGGGCGAGGAGGAUAAGGUCUAUCGUGGCCACCCGCAAACAAAGCGAGGUUUUUCUGAUUGGUGAAUUUGUUUUUUCAGCACACGGGAAGCGGCCCGACAGAAAUGAAAUGCGGGUAUUUAGGAUGUGCAACACCCUACCGCGGUUCCGGCUUACGGCACGAUUGGCGGCUGUGUCGCUUCAAGUUCCGCGUGUGCCACACCGGUGUGUGUAUGUGUGUAUCGUUUCUCCCCUGGCCUUCCGAGGUUGACUGACUGGUAACGGCUUGCUGCCUUUUUUUUUUUCUUGCUCGGAAGGAUGUGUUGAGAGGGUGGAGUGUGUGCAAAGGCCAACAGAACAAAGCGGCGUGUUUUUAUACCACUGUUUCAAGCGGGGGGAACUCGAACGGGACCCCGGUGUCACGAGGUCCGACAGGCGCAUGUUGUGUUUAAUAUGAGGUGUAUUUGUUUGUAUGGUUUCGUUUUUUUGUGUUUUUUAUUGUAUGGUCCAUCGUCUCUCGUUUCCGUGUUUGAGUGCCUUGCAGCAUGUGUUUCGGGACAGACAGACAGUACGGCAAGCCCUCGCCCUGUGUGCACAGAAGUAGAGCUGGCGCUGGGUGGCUUUUUAAGGUUCAAGAGCUGCUUUACUGAUUCAAAAGACAGAUGCAUAUUUGUUUUAUGCGUGGGUAUUUAUUUCCCCCCUCCUCACAAGCUGUUUAAUGUUGGUUGGAGGUGGGAAGGGGGGGGGGGGGUACAAGUGAACGACAGCUGCCCUUGCGAAUCCCCUUAUCUGCGCAACGCGAGGGACACCGUCUUUCCGGCAGUUUCAGUGGUUUCGGGCGUAUUUUACGGUGCAGGCACGCGGUGGUACCAUGGUCCCUACAUUUACCUGCACUGGCGGUUUCGGGUGAAGUGUCAUGUUGUCCUUCUGUCCAUUUAUUUGAAAAUAUAAAUGAGGACGCGAAGUAGGGGUUUUGCCUUGAGAUGGGAUGUCAAGAUUUGCCGAAUUCAGGUGGUGGUGUUCCCGCGUGAAACUGAAGGACGAUUUUAUUUUUUGUGCUUGCCCCGGACUGCUGUGCUUGUUCAUCUUUCUGUAACCCUUUUCGCCGUAUUUGGCUCAACCGAUUCCUUUCCGGUGUGUAGUGUGCUGACAGCCAGAGAAAAACCAAAAGACGAACACACACCCCAGGAAGUUUAUUGAGUACCACUUACUUUCUGCCAGGGAAAUCGUCGUGCUUUGUUGUGGUUGAUUUCGGGGGCAAAGAGAUUGAGUCAGCAGGGACGAAAGAAGGCUAUAUUAGGGUCAGCAGAGGGCCAUGCUGGCUCCAAUAGGCCAGCACAGAGAUACAGAGGCUAGGCGGUGGCUAUACACAUUGCGUGAGUCCUGCGCUAUCCGUCUUCGUUUUUGGGGGUAUUGUUGCUUGUUCGCAGCUCAGCGGAGCCUUGCGAAAAGGAGAACCUACCCCCCGUCGCUUAACACGCCCGCCCGUUCUUUGGCGCGGAGGUCGGCUAGCUAGAAUAGCUGCAGGCGUGCGGCGUGGUUGCUGUGUUGGAUCUGAGAAGAGAUGGGGCGACGGGUGAUAAUCUUCAACCCGUUGACGCGGUGUAAUUGUGGAGGGGAACGAGGGGGGUAACUCGCACGCAGCCCGUGGCUCUAGUUCGUUGUUGGUGAAUCAGACCAGAGGCUUGUCGCUUUGAGGUCAACAAGCAAGUAAAUAGCACAAGAAACCAAGUCUAUUUUGUCGCACGAGACGAGCUUCCGAAGUUGUAUCAGAGGGAAGACGAGUGAAAAAUUAGGGCGCACGCUGUUGUUGAAUGUAUGUAUGUGCCGGAGGGAGGAGGUGAUUGAUGGUGUGGCGAUUCCUGGAUGAUUGCUUGCCGUCGUAUGGUUGUUGUUUUCUCUUCUUGAUUGUCUAGCCGGCUUUCUUUGUGUGCCCACGUUGUGAGCGCUGGCACGGUGCGGUGAUGAUGGUAUGUAGUUGUGAUGGUGGUGGCGCGAUGUGGUAUGGGUCGCGAUCGUACCGGUGUGCCAAGCUAAUUUGACGUUAAGAGAGGACGCGAUAACUAACGUACAACAACGAAAAUCAG